AAAAAUCCUAUGGAAUCCGUAGACGGAUAGCUAAAAGCUCCACGAUUCUCCGACGUCGGUACAUACAAGCGCAAAUACGCCAGGGUGAUUUAGCAGGGGUUAAGAACAAGGCCAGGGGAUUCCUAGGAACUGAAAAGAGAUAAGUGCAUUGGGCGACAGGAAAAAUUUCCCAAGCAGCCAGCUCUUGAGUCUUAUACCCGAACUCUUGCUCUCGCGACAAGCUCACGAUUCUGUUUUUUUAAACUUCGUGAAACUCCUGGGAACUACUGUCAAAGCAGUAUCUUGAUCUGAUUUGUAUUACUCUAUCUCAUCAAGAUGUCUCCUCCCGUCGCUGCUGGUCGCGAGAAGGAGUCCGGCCUGGCUCGUGUCCUCGGCUCUGGUUCCGCUGGUAUUGCUGAGCUGGCCGUCUUCCAUCCUGUACGGAACCCCACCUCUUUUGAGCACAACCAGUUGCGACAAAUCUUGGAGUUGUUCACUAACCCCUCCACAAGGUCGACACCAUUGCGAAGCGGUUGAUGAGCAACCAGACUCGUAUAUCCAGCGCCAGCGAAUUGAACAAGGUUAUCUUCAAGGACAAGGCCACCGCUCCCCUCGGACGAAAAUUCGUUUCUCUCUUCCCUGGGCUGGGAUACGCCGCCGGUUACAAGGUCCUCCAGCGUGUGUACAAGUAUGGUGGCCAGCCUGUUGCCCGUGAUUACCUCUCCAAGCACUAUGGAGCAGACUUUGAGAACGCCUUCGGCAAGAAGACUGGAAAAGCCAUCAUGCACUCUACUGCUGGAAGUCUGAUCGGUAUUGGUGAGAUUGUUCUCCUACCUCUUGACGUCCUCAAGAUCAAGCGUCAGACAAACCCCGAGGCUUUCCGUGGCCGUGGCGUCCUCAAGAUCGUUGCCGAUGAGGGUUUCGGCCUGUACCGUGGUUGGGGCUGGACUGCUGCUCGUAACGCCCCUGGAUCUUUCGCUCUGUUCGGUGGAUCUGCUUUUGCCAAGGAGUACAUUUUCCAUCUUGAGGAUUACAACAAGGCCAGCUGGUUCCAGAACUUUAUUGCUUCUAUUGCUGGCGCUUCCGCUUCUCUCGUUGUCUCUGCUCCCCUUGACGUUAUCAAGACCCGUAUCCAGAACCGAAACUUCGACAACCCUGAGAGUGGCUUCCGAAUUCUCUCCAACAUGGCCAAGAACGAGGGUCCUGGAGCUUUCUUCAAGGGACUUGUCCCUAAGCUGCUCAUGACUGGUCCCAAGUUGGUCUUCUCUUUCUGGCUUGCCCAGACUUUGAUUCCUGCCUUCGACACUGCUUUCAAGAAGUAGAGAUGAGAUUAUGGAAUAUUUGAAUUCAUGUUAAAGAUAAAUAUACGAAUCUAGAUAGGUACCAUCUGGACGGUGAUGACGAAGAAGGCUUAAAUGGGAGUUUAGACGGAUUAGGUUAUUUUGGGUUUGCUACGAUAGACACGCCGCUGCACCGAUAUGAGAGGAUCGGCUUCGCUUGGAAGCCAGGUAAUCUGUUAGUGAAGCAGUGGAGAGGCACUCAACUCUGUAUAAAUAAAGCGAUUUGAUUUGAUACA